AUGAAGCGACGCCCGAUGGCUCUUACGCUCGAUGCCUCGACCGCCUCCGCAGAUGGUGGCGUGGAGGAUGUCCAGAAAGGAGGCAGCGGCACGCAGUACAUCAAGAUAACCGACUCGGGGUCCCUCAAUACUUUACACGAGUCUCUUCAAAUAUCGGCGCACGGCAUCACAAAGACCAGCAGCCCCGAGCAUAUCCUCAACGUCCAGGAGAGCGACCUCGAGGUCGUCAAGCCCCUCGGAGCCGGCGCCUUCGGGACGGUGAACCUAGUAAAAGUCAAGACCACCGGGCAGCUCUGUGCAAUGAAAGAGAUCCGCAUUAGCGACGAGGAGCAGACUCAGAAGAACAUUUACAGGGAGAUCAAGGCCAGCAUCAGCCUUUCGUGCAACCCGUACAUGGUCAAGACGUACAACAUAUAUUCCCAUCCAGGGUCCAUCCUUCACAUAUUGCUAGAGUUUUGUAAGUACGGGUCUUCUCAGGAUAUGCUUAAGAAGCUCAAGACGGGGAAGCUCACUGAAAACGCCCUUGCUGUUUUCAUUAUUGAUACACUCCGCGGCCUGGCGUAUCUUCACGACAAUUGCAAGAUCAUCCACAGAGAUAUAAAGUCUGCCAACAUCCUCAUCGACGAGCACGGCUACUGUAAGCUCGCCGACUUCGGGGUCGCUUCAUCCGUGCUGCCGAACGACGACGAGGCUGCCAUGAAGACGUUUGUUGGUUCGUUGUCCUACAUGUCCCCAGAGCGCAUCCAGAACCAGCCUUACUCGUACGUUUCAGAUGUCUGGAGCAUGGGGCUGACAUAUGUCGAGCUUCUGACGGGUUCCUAUCCAUACGAUAACGUGAACUCUUUCUGGGAUGCUAUGAACGUCAUCGUCAACGGAGCCCCCCCUCUGUUGAAGGAGGAUGCUGGGUACAGCCCGGGGCUCUGCGACCUUGUCAACGCCAUGCUCGAGAAAGACCCCUCAAAGCGCAUGACUGCCGCACAGCUCCUCAAGUUGCCCUUUUGCAAGAAGUACCUUGCCAAGGAGGAGGACCUGAGGAAGCUCUUCGUUAAGUGGGUCCAGGAUAACCUCAAGUGA